AUGUUACUUUUAAAUUGCAGACUACAUCUUGCUGCUUUGCAUUCCGUGGCAAAUGCAAACCGCAAGCAGGCUGAGACCAGACAGGGGGGAAAAAGAUACAGACUCUCCUAUCCUAAGUACAAGGCUGGACACCAUGUGGUUAAAGCAGUUAAAGAGAAUUGCACUUAUGACUAUGUUGAUGAACUAAUGGCAGAGCUGCUUAGGAUUAAAGAGGAGUACAAGAGCGAUGCCAAUGCAAGGGCUGCCUCUGGCAACAUUCUGUUUUCACCGCCACCCCUGUCUUCAUCUGCAAACAGAAUCCUAAAGUCCAAUGGGCCGGAUGCUUAA